UAUUGGCGGGAGCUGUCACCGGGCGAACACUAUGGCUGCCGUAUCCGAGCCUGAGAUACUUCUGAAUGUGCAAAAUCACUCUGAACUGAAGGCCUUGGACAGUGAUUCAGAUAGUGGUCAAGGCAGCUGUGAAAUGAAUUCUCCAAAACACCAACUGGAAAGAAUGGAUUUUGUGCAGAAUGAAGAUUCAGAUGAUGAAAUCUUGGUACUUAAGAAAACAAAGAGCAAGAAGAUAAUUGAAGACAGUGAUUCUGAGGUAGAAAGUAGCACCAUUGCUGCUAGAGAUGAGCUUGACCCUGAAAGUGACGAGGACAAAGAGAACAAAACUGUAGAGAAGGUAAAGCCUCGUAGAAUACUAACAGCAUUGGUUGACAGUGAUGAUAAUGAAGAUAGCGAAAGAGAUCUCGCUGCUGAUUCCGACAAGCUGAACAAUAUUGUGGGAAACACUAAGGACAGUCCACAAAAAGAGUUCUUGAACAAGAAGCAGAAGAGAAGCCAUAUGUCUAAAAAACAGACUGGCUUAGAAGAAAAACGGAAAGGUAAAUCAGAACGAAGAAGAGAGAAAGAUGACAAGAAAUUAAAAGCCGUUGAAAAGCUUAAGGAAGGCAAAACAAAAAGGUCAAAGGUAAGUUUAGAAGGGCCAUUGCUUAAUGACAGUGGUUGCCUUUUAGCAGAUGGAGAUUUAUUUGAUAAGGAGGAUGAAAGUGAUAAUGAAGAGGAGGAGUCCCUAGAAGCUAUUCGUGCCAGCUUAAAAAACAAAUUUAAGUCUGGACAGGCCCAGUCAUUUGAUGAGGAAGAUGUAGUAUAUGAUGAGUCUGAAGGUUUUACGGAUAAGUUUGAGAAGAAAAAGGAGAGAAAAGCCGCACGUAUGAGCAAGGAAGCCAUAAAGCACAUGCACAGUGAAACACAGAGACUCUUGAGAGAGUCAGCUGUGUCUCUGCCAUACCACUUACCAGAACCCAAAACUAUUCAUGACUUUUUCAAGCGUCGUUCAAGACCAGUUUGUCAAGGGAAUGCCAUGCAACUUAUUAAGUCCUCAAAGUAUCAGCCGUGUAGCACAGACGACAAGGUUGGAUCGAAUUCCACCGAGCCAGUUGAAAAUAGUUUUCCAGUAGAGGAAAUUACACCACAACCAGAUGUUCCCCUCCAGGACCCCCAAGUAUCCCAAGAAUCUGCUUUAGACAAGCUAUUGGUUGAGCCGAAGAUAAAUACAGAAUUCCAUCUGACAGAAAACAAAGCAAUUGAUAUCUGCAAUUCAGGAAAUACAACAGAACAUGUGUGCAAAGAUGUUUCAAGUCAGCCAAUUUUCAGUUCAGAAAAUGAGGAGUCUGAUAAAGUGACAAAUGAUGUUCUACAGAAUGUUCCUGUACCAGAGGUUGAGAGUACUACAUGUGAACAAAGUAAAGUCACCGAAAAUACCUGCACAAAUGAACUAUCGACUCAGGUGAAACCCAAAUUAUCAAAAGUGGAAAGACUGCGUGCUCUUGGAAUUGAUCUAUCUGUUAAACCUCUUCUCAGGCCAGAUGAUGGAAUAUUUGUCAAUUUAGAUGAGCCAAAGCAAAAUAAAGAACUCGAAGCCCUGAAGGAGAGAUUCCUCAAGCAUAGCAUGCCCAAAGUGAAAGCAGCAGGUGAAAAAAAGGUUAACCUUCAUAUUGUUCGCAAAGAGAGAACAGCGGAUGGUAAAGAAGAGCUGAAAAUAGAUGUUGUUCCAGUCACUAUAGAUAGUGAAAACCAGGAGGAAAAAAAUAAUGCUAAGCCAGGUGAAAAGCUGCAAGUGCUGAAAGCAAAAUUGCAGGAGGCCAUGAAGCUGCGUCGUGAUGAAGAACGUCUAAAGCGUCAGGCCCUGUAUAAGCUGGACAAUGAAGAUAUGGAUGAAGAGGAGGAAGAGGAAGAGGAAAUGACAGAUGAGUCGGAAGAAGAGGGUUAUGACAAGGAUGGAAAUGAGGAAGAAGAAAUGGAAAUUGAAAAGGAGGGCAAUGCUGAGGAUCUCCUUGGAGAAGAUGAUGGAAAUGAGGAAGAUGAGGCUAAAGAUGGAUUACAGAACAGUAGUAUACCAGAUAGAAGAAUCCCUAUGGCUACAGAGUCUUCCUUGAUGUUAUUUAAAGACAAUUCAACAAAGAUUGAUGACUUCAUUCCUGAUAAGAUUGACCAUGUGGACAGUGGAUGUAAGGAAAAUGACAAGCUAGCAGAUGAAGAUGAUUUUCACCUGCCUUUGACAAAGGACAGCAGUCAUAAUAGCAGCUUUGAAUUGAUUGGUUCUAUGAUCCCUUCUUAUCAGCCAUUUAGCAAGGCUAGCAGAGGAUCCCUGCACACUAGUAUCGGUGACUUCCGUUCCCCUUCUCCUGUUAAUUUCAAAACAAACUUCAUCAGCUCUGCAUCUAAGAGUUCUGGUAAGAUAUCUGAACCAUCUCUACCUGUGGAAGACUCCCAGGAUCUGUACAAUGCUUCACCGGAGCCUAAAGCCUCUUAUCUCAGUGCUGGUGCAGAUUCACAUUUUCGGUUCUCUUUGGAGUAUGACACACAAAGUCAACUACUUGAUGCUGAUGGCUUUCUAAAUGUUGGCCACAAUCGCAAGUACAGCUCUGCCAAGCAAAGACUUGUGAUGGACACCAUGGAUGAGAAUGCUAUGGAUGCUAACAUGGGAGAAUUGUUAGAUCUCUGCACAGGAAAGUUUAAGGAUUCACAAUCCAACACCUGCCAGCCUGAUGCAAACGGUGCGAAGAAAGAAGAUAUGGAUGAGUUGCUGGGUCUCUGCUCUGGCAAAUUUGUCUCUCAAGAUGAUGGUUCAAAUGAAGAACCUUUCCGUUGUACAAAGGCUGAUUCGGAAAAUGAGAAAAAUGACCUCAUGUCUGAAGCAGUUGCCCUCUGUUCAGGUUCUUUCACCAACGGAGAAAAUGAAGAAAAUGAGGCAGAGCUUGAGGAUUUCCAUCUUCUAUCAUAUGAUAAUUCGGACAGCGAAGAGGAUGAUGAGGAGGGGGAGGAAAAUGGAGAAUGUCUGGAGGAUGACGAUGAAGAGGAGGCAAUUCUUAGAAAACAAAGCAAAAAGAGAAAGCUAAAACUACAGGACUUCAUGGAAAACGAAGCUGAACUUUCUGGAAGUGAUAUUGGAAGUGAGGAUGAGGAUGAAGGAGAUGAAGACGAGUAUGAAGAAGAAGCCAUUGAUGAAGAGCUUCCUUCAGAUGAGGAGCUACAGGAUCAAAUCAACAAGAUCCAUAUGAAAGUCACCAUGGAUGAAGACAAGCGCCGCCUCCGACUAUAUCAGGAGCGCUACUUGGCUGAUGGGGACCUUCACAGUGACGGUCCUGGCAGGAUGAGGAAAUUCAGGUGGAACAAUAUUGAUGAUGCCUCCCAGUACGACAUGUUCCGCAGAGACUCUGAUCCGGAAGAUCAGGAAGGCGAUAAUGAAGAUCUGGAGGGCACUGAUCUUAAGUGGAGAAAGGAGAGAUUCGAACGAGAGCAGUGGCUACGUGAGCAGUCUAAAAGUGGCAGUCUUAACAAGGAAGAGGAGGAGGCGGAGAUUGAAACAGAAAGCCAGUUCAUGAAGCUUGCCAAAAAAGUUACCGAAAGAACGCUACAAAGAAAAGCAACUGUAGAAACAAAAGAGCCUACCAGUAAAAAUCCAUUUGGCGUGAACCAGCCAUUUAGUCUCCCCAAGAUGAAGACUGGUUCUAUGUUAAACAUGCCAAAAGAGGUCCUUCAGAAACUAGCUGCAAUGUCAAACCUGAAUCCUAAUGCACCCAGGAACUCGAGGAAGUUUGUUUUCCAGACUGUUUCUCCACAGAAGCAAGAUGCAUCUUCAGAUAAACCCAAAUCUAAGGUAAGAAAGAAUAUCAGUGCUGCAACUCCUUCGCCCAAACGUUUCAAACCGAACAGCUCUACUUCUGCCAAAAGCCGCAGUAUCUUCCCUCUUUUAGAGAGCUAGUUUUGGCACUUUGCGUUUACCGCCUUGAUAACUCAGCGGAACCUAUGGAUAAUAU